AUGUUGAAGCAUUUUGACCUUGAGGUUGCUUCCAGGAAAAGUGAAUUAUACGUCGACGAUCCAGGUCGAGAAGGAAAAAUUGAUGUUGAAGUGGACGUUUCAUUUCCAAACAUGAAAUGCGAAUACCUCGGAGUAGAUAUACAAGACGAGAAUGGUCGCCAUGAAGUCGGAUUUAUUGAUCGAACUGAGAAAAUUCCAAUUGAAAGUGAUGGGUGUCGAUUCAAGAGCAAGUUCGAAAUCAACAAGGUGCCUGGAAAUUUCCACAUUUCAACACAUUCCGCUGCAACUCAACCGACACAACCUGAUAUGCGACACAUUAUUCACUCGAUACGCUUUGGUGAUGAUGUUUCGGUAAGACAGAAACUUCUCGAAGAGAAGUAA